AUGAGCAGUGCCUCGAAGCCGAGGGGAGCUGCUCUGUCCUUCUCGUUUUCGUCGCCGGCGCCGUCUGCUGCUCCCACCGCAGUCGCAGUCCCAGCCAGGACGCCAGCAGAGCCGGCCACCGCCAUCGCCGCGGCGGACAAAGACGGCGCCGAGGCGGAGCGGCGGCCGCGUGGCUGGACACCCAUCGAAGAUGGGCGCUUCCGCAUCGCCCUCACCCAUCCCCGAGCCAGCAGUGACGCUGACACCGGAGCGGCGCUAUCGUCUUUCACCAACGCCGCGCCGGAGGAUCUCAGCGGCGCCGACGCGGCCGCCGCGGCGGCGUCGUCGCUCUGCGAAAAGGUCUGCGGCACCCUCUCGGACAACGCACGGUGCAAUGAAUGCCGCCCCAGCGAGCCGCACAUCGAGGUCCGUGCUGAGGCAUCGCUGGUGAACGCGAUCAACAGUGCGUACACCUCCACAGGUUAUCCUUUCGUCGUCACCGCCGGCAGCGCACGCGGCGCCGUCUACGGCUCCUUCAUCGACCUCAGCAACCCGACCCUCAGCUCCCUCGAGCUGCCGCCGCCGCAGUCUAUCAUUGUCGCCCCGAGCUACGUUGGCGACGCUGAUCGUCUGCCGGCGCACGGCCUGACGGAGAUGGACACAUUGCUGGCGAUCCGCUGGAGCCGCGGCGAUCGCAUAGUGAAGACUGCCGAGACGGCCCCCACUGUCGCCGCCGCCGCGCAGGCGAAGCAGACCUCACCCACGACAGCUGCCGGAGCCGCCGGCAUUCCGUACACGUCAGCCGUCACACGCACCAUCGCGCACCACCUGUCUCAGUUUCCGGAGGGCAUCCACGCCAUCCACUCGUCUCCGGCGCUGCGGCAGCUCCUGGUAGAAGGCACGCUGCCGACAACGCUGGCAAGCACGCCUUCGGCGCCGGUGAACGCGGCCGCACACGCGCCGGCCUCGGCGAGCGGCGGCGUUGGUAGCGGCAGCGCUGCGGCAGCAGCGCCAUCCACCACCACCACCACCUCCACGGUACCGCGGCUGUCGGAUGCAGAGGCGAAUGUGCCACCGCUGCCGACGCCGCCGCAGAGCAACGCCCCUGUCCAGCACACGCUCGUCAGCGCGAGCACUUUCAACCACAUCUCCGUCUACUUCGUCGCCCACCAGGACGGGAAGCUGCUCUACACGGCGCCGAUACAGAGCCUCUCCGCCAGUAUUGCGACGCGCAAGGUGACGGCACACCAGCCCAUUCUGGUAGGGCGGGAGGAAGUGGAUGCGCUCGUGGAGGACCCCUUCACACCGUUCCCGACGAUGCCUCCGCGGCGUACCCGCAUCGCCUUCGCACCUAUUCCGGUUGCCGGCGAAGAGGCCGCCGUCUUCUUCGCCUCGAAGACGACGUCGCGCUUCGUCGGCGCGGAUGCCCGCCGGAAGACCGUUGCUGCCGCCCCCGUCCGCUUCAGCGUCGAGCCUCACCUUCUCAUCGGCAACCAGAACGGAGACAUCUUCCUCUUCAGCCUCCUGCAAGAGCGGGUUGUGCAGCACCUGAACUACCACGUUGGCCGCCCGAGCGCGAGCGCCUCCCUCGCCGGCGGCAGCAAGGGAGCGGGCAACAAGCUGGUCUACUCCCCCGUCUCGUGCAUCGCAGAGGUGCGGAACGGUGUCGAGACGACGAUCACGCGCAUGAUCGAGUCCGCCGCCAUGGCAAAGCGCAACUGCCGACAGUCCUUCGACAGCGACGGCAUCCCGACCGGCUUCAACGCCGUCGCCCAUGCCGCGGCGCCGUCGCACUACUACUACGACGUUCCCCCGUCCCUCUACGCGGUCGGCUUCGACGAUGGCCAGAUGCUGAUCGUGGGCGUCACGUGCGAGGGUGGAUGGAUGCUGCGGCACCUCAGCAACCACCACUUCGGAAUGCGGCCGAUCCACUCCAUCGCAGUGCGGGUGCCGUCCUUCUACACACGGCUGUGGACCAGCUACCUGCCCCCCAUCACCUUCGCGGACCGCGGCAGCAAGUCCGCGGUAGCAGCACUGCCGCCCAUCACGACCCUCAUCACGGCCGAGUCGGCCCUCAUUGUGCACGAGGAGGAGCAGCUCGUGGCCGCCAUAUCAUGUAAUGGCGGUUCCAUUGCGGUGGUGCGGCUGCCCGGGAUGGAGAUCAUCUCCUCCGUUGCCCCGACCGCCUACAACGCCGUCGGCGAGAUCCUGGCGCUGCAGUGGGCCGCCACGUCGCCGCGCUACCUGCUGACGCGGGACAUCCUCGUCGCCUCCGGCGAGGACGACACGAUGACGGCCUUUCAGCUGCUCACGCAGCUCCUCGUGAACACCAGCGAUCGGAACCACCACGAUGGCAACGGCAACGUGUCGCACAUGUCGUCCACCGAGUAUGUGCCGGCAAGCGCCCGGCUGCGCAUCCUCGAGAAGACGCGGUUCCACCGCAGCUGGGUCAGCCGGUUAAAUUUGAUGCCGGUGGUCGUGCCCGCCGCGACGGCCAACGCAAAGGCCGCUGGCAAGUCGAGCAGCGGCGGCAUGCCGCAGUACCUCGGCGUGUGCCUCGUUGCCUCCUCCUAUGACCACCGCACCUCUUUCUGGCCGUACAUGUUCAGUGGGCAGCAGCAGGGGGUCGGUGAGGCGGGAGGCCCGGGCAGCGCCAACGCUGCGGCAUCAGCGUGGAGCGUUAGUGAGGGUGCCGGCAGUAUGGAGCAUGCGGACUCGCUGAUGUCGGGCCUCACCAGCAACAACAUCCCCCUCCGCACGAUUUCAGUGCCGGAUCGGUAUGUGCUCGUCGACGGCCCAACGACAGCGUACCCGCUGCACCCGGAGCUCGUCGUCGACGCUGCGGCCGCUGGCGCCGGCACAAGCUUCUUCCUGACGACAGUAUGCUGCCGUGGCAAGGUCAAGUUCUGGUCCGUGCAGGUGAAGGUCUAG